GGAUGCUCUACAGGCGCUGCAGCACUUCACGUCUCUCAACAGUCAGUCAAGUCUGCCACUCACACAACAUCGACGUGUCACUGCUGUUUCACUGACCUGUAUUCACCCUCUGUCAUCACACGACCAUGCCUGUUAAGGAACGGUGCACCUGGAAAAUGCAGUUUCGGUAAAGCCCAUUCAAGGUAAAUCACUGCAUCUGGUCAUUCAUCACUGAAGGGAAAGAAGGAACUCAUCAGCUUCACAGUUGGAGGAAGGACAGCCCAAAGCUUCCCUCUUUAUCCAGAGUUCUCUCUGUCCGAACGAUGUCAACUUCCACUGCAGACAGUGUAGGAAGAGGAACCAAAACCUCUAAAGCAUCAAAGGAUCAUAAAAAGCCCACAGCAGCUGUCCUGAAAGGAGCCAUCCAGCUGGGCAUCGGUUACGCUGUGGGAAACCUCAGCUCCAAACCCGACAGAGAUGUUCUCAUGCAGGACUUCUCUGUAGUGGAGAGCGUUUUCCUGCCCAGCGAGGGCAGCAACCUGACACCAGCCCAUCACUACCCAGAUUUCCGUCUGAAAACGUACGCACCGCUGGCCUUUCGCUACUUCAGAGAGCUGUUUGGCAUCAAACCAGAUGACUAUCUGUACUCCAUCUGUAACGAGCCUCUGAUCGAGCUGUCCAACCCCGGAGCCAGCAGUUCCUGGUUCUACCUCACCAGCGAUGAUGAGUUCAUCAUUAAGACGGUGCAGCCUAAAGAGGCCGAGUUCCUGCAGAAGCUUCUUCCUGGUUACUAUAUGAAUCUGAAUCAGAACCCGAGGACGCUGCUGCCCAAGUUCUACGGCCUUUACUGCAUCCAGUGCAGCGGUGCCAACAUCCGCGUGGUGGUGAUGAACAACGUGCUGCCGCGCGCCAUGAAGAUGCACUAUAAGUACGACCUGAAAGGUUCUUCGUACAAACGCCGUGCCUCACGCAAAGAGCGUGGCAAACCUUCACCCACAUUCAAAGACCUGGACUUCCAGGAGAUGCACGAGGGCCUGCACUUCGACCCGGACACCUACAGUGCCCUGAUGAAGACCCUGCAGAGGGACUGUCGGGUCCUGGAGAGCUUUAAGAUCAUGGACUACAGUCUCCUGCUGGGGAUUCAUGUUUUGGACCGGAAGCCGCUGAGCAGAGGAAACCGAUGUGACAGCAGGAAAGGACAGAAAGUCCUCUACUCCACUGCCCUCGAGUCCAUCCAGGGGAAUGUGAAGGCUCCUGAACCGGUGGCUGAUGACGAUGAAACACUGGGUGGAAUUCCUGCCAAACAUAAAGACGAGAACCUUCUGAUCUUUUUAGGAAUCAUUGACAUCCUUCAGUCCUACAGGUUCAUCAAGAAGGUUGAACACUCCUGGAAAGCUCUUGUGCAUGAUGGGGACACAGUGUCGGUUCACAGGCCCAGUUUUUACGCGGACAGAUUUCUGAAGUUCAUGGGGACGACUGUAUUUAAAAAGCUCCAUCCUUUAAGAGGAACAUCUUCAAAGAGGAAGAGGAGUUCCCUUUAUGCAGUGAAAUCGGCCUCUCAGGAGUUUCUGUCGCCACAGAAGGAGGAGAAGAAGGAGGAGAAAAAGGCCCAGAGCAUGGACAACCUGGAUGGAAACUUUUACAGUUCCUCCAAACAGCCGGAUCUCCUUCCGAAAGUUUCUUUCCAGGGGAUCCAAAAAGACGAGGACGAUCUUGAAAACAGUGAAGACCGACGAGCCUCCAGUUCAACAAUCGCUCUGGACGACCCUCUGCCGUCUCUCAGCAGGAGCACAUCAGACUCUGAGCUGGACGUCUACUUGCAUCACAAAGUCUCACCCAGGCGACCCAGCUGGAGUUGAUCAGUGCUUUGCGUCCCAGCAUCCAUAAACUUGAAGAGAAACGAGUGAUGGCUCGUCUCCAGCCACCUGGACGUCAGACCUUUGACCUCCCAGUCCUGCGUGUCAAGACAUCAGCACUUCACAACAGUGUUAAUGUCACACAAACUGUAAGUAACACAUUGAUGUCAGCUUCUUCACUGUGAGCAUCACUCUGUGCCUCCGAGACUUUCCUUUUUAAGUCAGAGUAAAUGUGCCAAAUCACUGAUUCUUCUGUAGAAAUCCCAUCAUGAACAGAUGGGGACACAGUUUGUGUUUGUGUGCGUGAAGAUCACUGAACCACUGUGUUAAUGUAAAACACUAUGGAGCUGUUUCUUUUCCUGUUAUCUGCACUUUGCUGCUAAUUUAACAACAGUGCUAACAAAAGAAAAAUCCUCUUGGAUGUCUGAAUUAUGUGCAAAUGUUCAAAUGUUCUCAGCGGCUGGAUCCCUGAAGAAAUAGAUUGUCUUGUUGUUUAAUCAGCUUCAGGAAAAAAUGAUGCUGUCAUUUUUAAAUCAUAUAAUUAUACAGAGCCAUGUUGAGAUCAUUCUGGUGUCAGGAAAGGAGUGAAAAUUCAUCUGUCAAGACAUUCAAGUACGCAUGAGUGAUAGUGUUUAUAACCUUAUCAACAUGAUAGAAUCCCAAUUUCCACAAAAUAAUAUAUCAAUAUUAUGCUACACAAUUAUUUAUUCUGUAUCUUUGUAUUUCUUUUUUCAAACUUCAUUUCUGCUGCCACCAUUACAAAAAAGUAUUUCAGUUCAGUUUCUUGUUAUAACAAGAUUUUUUUUCAUGUUACAAUAUAUUUUUCUGUCUUUGACCUUUCAUGCAUCCCUCUGUCAUUUCUCUAGAAAAUGUACAUUUCAUUUUCGCUUGGAUUUAUUGAAGCUGUCUGUCAUGAACUGUUCUGAAUCCUGGAUGUUAGUAAUGAGCACAUUGUACGUUAUGUCCACCAAUGUAUGUUCUGUCUUCUCUUUGUGCCUUCAGAAGGUUAAGAAUCUGUGCUUUCAUGUGAUUUAUAGGCCUACAA